UCUUGUAUCUGGUGAAAUAAAUAAAAUGUCAAGUCGAAUAACCCUUCGGUCUGAGGACACCCUGGAGCCCUGCAGGCAUCCCUGGACCUCAGUCUGCGGGACUCUCUGCAUCUUGUGAUCAACUUAAAGCCUGACCAAUUUUUAAAUGACAUUUGAAUACAUUCUAAGUAGUUAUAUCACCACUGGUCGGGGGGGGAAAGGGAGGACUUGUGUCAACACCACUGCCAGCGAUAAUCUUCACUGCAGGCUACAGUGUCUGAUAUCAACAGGCCCUCGAGACACGUCCCGUUCACACCGCGCGCUAACCACGGGAGAGUGAUGGUGCUCCGGAGCAGUCCGAGGAGCGCAAUUACAAUUUCUCUGCUGCCAUUCAAACGCACGGAGGCUCCACGGAGAGGAGGAUAGAGGCGGCAGGGGGAAAGGACGCCUCCGUUCAUCCAUCCAUUCAUCAAAUCCUGCUCUCCGCACGCCUGGACAUCCCGGGCGCCAGACUACACCACGAGCUCCGGUCCCGGUCGGUCGGCGAACAACGCUUAUACCGAGGGUCCUCCCUGCUUGCUGAUCUGAAGCUCUGGUACUCAUCUCUGGCCAGAGUGGACAGCAACCCCCCUCAGUGAAGAGCACCAUGACCCAGGAGGGGCAGGCUCUGCCCUCUCCCACCCCACCAGAGAACCCUGUGGAGCCCAAUACAGCCACCACCACCGACCCGCCCACAGAGACACACAACCAGGCAGAGCAGGACAAGCUGGGGGCCGGGGCAAAGGACGAGAUAGAGGAGGGGAAACAACAAGAAGAGAUCAGAGAGGGGGAGGAGGAGGCACAAGGGGAGAUACACGGGGAAGGAGAGGGGAGGGAAGACCUAAAGGAUGAGGGAGUAGAGGGUGAGUUGAAAGAAGAGAGGGUAGAUGGCACUAGUGAUGAGGAGCAACAGACAGACGGAGGGGCGGAGGGAGAGAGGGAUGGGACGAGGGGGGAAGGAUGUAUAAAUGUGGAGGUAAGCUCAACGGGGGAGGAGGAAACACAUGGGGCGGAGGGGGUGAAAGAAGAAGAGGAGGGGAAGGAAAAUGAAGAGAUGCAACCGUCUACAGAGGCGGAGGCAGCUCACCCUCAACAAGCUGGCCGACUGGAAAAUGGCAUAGGUGGGAAUGAAGAGGAAGAUGAAGUAUGUGAGGAGGACGAUGGAGGAGAUGAGGGGGGGGCUCAUACACACUUGGACGCUUUCAGCUCUAACUUUGAGACGACUGUAGAACAGGCCGACACAGAAGUGGAGGAAGAGGAGGAGGAGGAGGUUGAGAAAGAGGGAGAUGGGAGAGAAAACCAGGACAGUUUCAGCUCUGUGUUUGAGCAGAUUGUUGAGCAGGUUGUUCAGGAGGAGGAAGAUGAGGAAGAGGAGAGGGAGUUGGAGGAAGAGAGGGAGAAAGGUAGGGUGGACAAUAAAGACGGCUUCAGCUCCACGUUCGAGCGCAUCGUAGAGUCUGCCCUGCUGAGGGGCGGGACCUGCUACAGCAGCCUGGACUCUCUGGAUGUACUGUCACUCACAGAUGAGACAGACAGCUGUGUCAGCUUCGAGGCACCACUGACGCCGCUCAUCCAACAGAGGGCGCUGUUACAGGGUCCUGAACCCCUGGAGCUGGAGCUGGCAACUGUUCUGGAGCAAGAAGGGGCUGAGGCUGGACCAGAUGCCCCAGGGGGUGAUCUCACAGCUGGGGAGAGCACUGUCCGUGGAGCUGGAGCUGUGGCUGGAAUAGGAGGAAGCCCGCUGAGGACCACCAUACCGGGGAGCAGGUCAGAGUUUGUGCUGAGCCAGCCCGGACGCUGGGCCAUCCCUAAUGGAUACCACACAGACUCCCAGGGAGCCAUAGAAGGUUGCGGAGCCAUGAUAAACUCUGUCAGUGAUGCCAACCUCACAGACGUUCUGUCUGACUCAGAGGAGUGCGAUUUGGGCAGUCUGGAGCGUUUGGAGCGCGGCAGCACAGACACUCUAGCCAAUGGCUGCCGAGCCGACUGUGAGGCCGCCAAGAGGCUGGCCAAGCGCCUCUAUCACCUCGAGGGCUUCAAACGCUGCGAUGUGGCCAGACACCUGGGCAAGAAUAACGAGUUCAGCCAGUUGGUGGCAUCAGAGUACCUGAGUUUCUUUGAUUUCUCCGGCCUGUCGCUUGAUCGAGCCCUGAGGAACUUCUUAAAGGCCUUUCCACUGAUGGGAGAGACCCAGGAGAGAGAGAGGGUCCUUGUUCAUUUCUCCAGACGCUUCUGCCACUGCAACCCACAGACACCCACCUCUGAAGGUCAGAGUCGUGAGGGUGGUGGUAAUGAUGAUGAUGACACCGAUGAUGGAGCCCACACAUUAACCUGCGCCCUUAUGCUGCUUAACACCGAUCUACACGGACAUAACAUUGGGAAGAAGAUGUCUUGCCAACAGUUUAUCAGUAAUCUAGAUGGCCUCAACAAUGGGAAAGACUUUCCUAAAGAGUUACUGAAGGUCUUGUAUAACUCAAUCAAGAAUGAGAAGCUUGAGUGGGCAGUUGAGGAGGAGGAGCUGAGGAAGAGUCUAUCAGAGCUGGUGGAGGAGCAGUGUGAGGGCGGGAGUAAGCGUGUUGCCAGGGUAACGGACAGCAGUAACCCUUUCAUCGCCAUUCCCAUUCUCUUAAAUGCCAUCACCUACAAACAUGGAGUGCUGACCCGCAAGAGCCACGCCGACAUGGACGGCAAACGCACCCCGAGGGGUCGCCGUGGUUGGAAGAAGUUCUAUGCGGUUCUGAAGGGGAUGAUCUUGUAUCUCCAGAAGGAUGAGUACAAGCCUGACGCCGACAUUUCAGAGGUGGACCUGAAGAACGCAGUGCGGAUCCACCAUGCUUUAGCCACUCGUGCCACCGACUACAGCAAGAGAGCCAACGUACUGAAGCUCAAAACAUCAGACUGGAGAGUCUUUCUGCUGCAAGCCUCUAGUGAGGAGGAGAUGAUGUCUUGGAUCUUCCGGAUAAACCUGGUGGCAGCGCUGUUCUCCGCUCCGGCCUUCCCCGCCGCCAUCGGCUCCAUGAAGAAGUUCUGUCGGCCCAUCCUGCCGUCCUCAUCCACCCGACUCAACCAGGAGGAGCAGCUGCUGAGUCAUGAGAGCAAGCUGAAGCAGAUGAGCCUGGAGCUGGAGGAGCACCGGAAAAACUCGCCCUCAGCCGACCCCAAAAGCCGCGAGUGGGAGGAGUUCCGGCUCAAAGAGCACUACCUCACGUACGAGAAGACUCGGUAUGAGACGUACAUCAGCCUCCUUCAGGCCAAAAUCCGUGCAGAGACGGACGACCUUGAGAAGAUCGAGGCCAGCGUGAUGGGUGGCCUGAUCAUGGAGGGUGGCCUGGCUGGCCGCGAGUGUCACCUCCGCAAGACGCAGUCCUCCCCAUCCAUCAGUCAGGCCCACGGCGGACUGAAUGGGAGAACCGCUGGAUGCACUGCCCCGGGACAGAGGAGCUGAGGGGAGGAAGGAGGACCAGAGAUCACAGCCCACAAAACUACAUCCCUCCAAGCCAAACUAGCUUAAUCCUCCAACUUCUUACUAUGUUCUUGCAUUCAUUUUCUUUGUGUGUUUUGGGCUUCUCCGUUCCUCCUGACUGUCACUAUCCUUCCCAGUCCUUGAGCAAUAGAUGAAGAAGAUGAAGAGCCCGCGCUUGAUACCCACCAAGUGACCCCGCCAAACCUCAGUUCUUCGAACUUUUAUUAUUGCACAUUAAAACGAUCCGAACUGUGAUCACUAUUUAUAACAUCAUCAGUAUUAUUUUGAAAUGAACACUCAGAGCAAUGCAGUUGUCUUUGGUUGAAAUGUGUUUUAAGUUCUGAGCAGAACUUUGAGUAAUUUAUAAUGUAUUAUUUUAAGGCCAGAUAGAGAACAAAGAAAGAGAGACAGACUGGCAGUCAUUAAGACGGAGAUGGUACUACUGUAGCAUUCUGGCCUUUUUAUGUCGCUCAUGUUUACACAGCCAGCCAGCCACUCACAGGCGUGUGUACGGACCUAAAGUAUGGGUGGACUGUGGUGUGUGAAGAUGCAACAUAUCUGUCAAAGAGCUACAAAAAACUUCUCAGAAGGAUCAAGUCCCUGCCAUGUAUAGCAUAUUUAUUUAUUUAUUUAAUUCUACAAACCUUUAUUCGCCCCAGGAACGGGUUUACACUGAGCGUGCUUGCUCUUUUUCAGCGAUUUCCUUUUUGACAUUUCAUACAGUUACAUGAAUUUGUAAGUUUAAAGGAGCUGCCAAUCGGAAACGGCCGUGGUUUUAACUGUUUACCAAGCUGUUCCACUAGAGGAACUGGAGGUUGAGUGCCUUACUUAAGGGCACCUUGACACUAGUUGUUGAGGGAUUUGGAGAGUGUUUCUCAGUCGCUUUGUCGGAGAUCACAAGUCUGUUUCUGUGAUUUGUAAGCUGCCGCUACCCCAAAUACUGACACGUAUUCAGUUAUUCUGUUUGUUCCUACAACUCUCAAAUGGAGAGGAUAACAGUAUGUGGCUGAAUGAAAGCACUGUGCCAUGUUCUGUUUUAUCCCACAAACUACUCCUCUUAUAUCACAGAAGAGUGCACUGAGCUAAAGGAGCCGAUAUGUAACAAUAUAUGGUUGGGUGUGAUGUUUCUGAAGAUCCACAUGAAGGGCAGAACAGAAAAGUGUGGGAGGGAGGCGCAUACCGUGUGAGUGGGUCAGCUGGUGUAUGUGUGUGUGUGUGCACAUGCAUGUGAGUGUGUGCGUGUGUGCAUGCACUUUUUUUAACUGGUUCCAGUUAAGAUGUUGAAGAUGUAGGCAAUAGGGAGAAGUAAAUAUAGCAGGGUCAUGUUUUUGUAUGAAGAAUUUAUUGAGCAUGUUUAGAAACAAUCCAAUGGCCUUCUGCUGAAUAAGACUGCCAUCACAAUCAGGCCUGGAUCUCUCAAAAGCAUCUUCAGCACAAAGAACGCCAUCAACCUCGUGACAAAAGAUGUACCUUUACCUCUUAAAGCAGAAAAUCAGUCUGCGUUCUGAUUUAUAACAUGUUACAUGGACCUAUUAUAGCUUAUUUGGCCUCGCAUUAGGCAUUUACUAGUACCGGUGUGUUCCUUCCACUGCCAUCCUUCCUAACAGAUGAAGAUGUUUUUGGGAAAGCAGGCCUCGGUCAAUCUUAGACAGAGACCGGCUGAUUGGAGAGUGUAGCAGCAGGACUGCUCCAGCUUAACGUGCUUAAGUCAAGAAACCUGUCAGCAUACUGGGAUGGAAAGGGGAACAGCAGCAAAACAACUCCACCAGCAGAGUAGCCAUCAAAACAUCCUCCGCGUGAACGAGGAGGAGGAGAAAAGACUUGUUUUCAACGAAAGAGGCUGGUUUGGUUUUCUAAGUAAGGCUGUCUUUAACAGCCAAGAACAGGCAAAACAGUCAUCCAGCACACGUUUCCAAAUGGAGGAACACAACAGAUUAAGCCUGUUUCUUAUGGAAGGAGGUCUUAUGUAUGGAGGAAGUGGGGAUGUGGUAGGAGGGGUGGUGGUACCGCUGUUUGUGAGCACCUUAAUUGAGCCCAACCCACCCAAAAACAAACACACACACACACACACACACACACCUUUCCUCUUUCUAUGUAAUUUGCUUAUGACACAACUGUAGACCAGUGAGCUUAGUGCCCCCUCACUCAGCCUCAGUGUGGCACAGAAGCAUGUUGACAUAACCAGAGCCGUGGAUAUCAACAGUAUGAACUAUCAUGUCUUUGGCUCUGGACACAGCGCUUCUGCUGCUUCCUAUAUAUAUCAUAUUAAUAGCGACUGAUGGGGUCUGAGAUCCUUUUGGGACUUGGCUGGAAACCUGGAAUCGCAGCUGGAAUCCUGGAACCGGAUCCUUGUACAGACCAAAAUGCUGAAGUGGAGUUGAGUUUUCAGAGAGGAAGUACCAUUUUAUAAAGCUGUAUUGUUAGGAUAAAUAACUGCUUUCUUACAGGGAGACUUCCCCUUAUAGUCACUUUGGCUGUUGUGCUAACCAUUGUUUCCCAAUGUUCUAGGGUAGGCCUGUGCUGUAAUAUAGGAUUGUGACGAAAAAUAUUUGUUGAUUGUUAUGUUUUAUUUAAAAAAUGACAACUUCGGCACUUUGAUGUCAGCAUUGGAUCUGUCUUUUUGUUUGUAUAUCGGAACUGUUUUUUGACAGGAUGCUCAUACUAUGUAAAGGACAUAUUUACUGAAUAUUUAGUCUGUGCUUCAUAAAGUAAGCUUUUAUACA